AUGGGUGAUAGAUCUCUUGAGUUUGUCAGUGGCGGUGAACCUGAUGCCAUUGAUGGAGGCGUCAUCGCUGCCUCCAAUAAUCAUGUUGAUGCUUCAGGUACAACAACACAAGAACAAGAAGUUUCAGUUGUUACAAUAACAACAACAACAACAACAACAACAACAAUUGCCGUUGAUGAAAACAACAUUGGACUUACUUCCCAGGGUAUCAAUUCAAAGGCAAAGGCAACUUCCUCUGCUAUAUCAUCCAAAAAAGGCUAUUUAUCUUUUUGUGGCCAUACAUCUGCUCAAGAUGUCGAGCUGAAUAAUCCAGCAUACCUUCAGCUCUCUCAUGCAGUAGACGAGAAUCUUUUGAAAACAACUACUGAGAUUUCUAGUAAAAUCAUGACUGUUAAUGAUAUUUUGCAUGAUCUUCUCCAACAUUGUGAUUCAGCUCAGAAAUAUAUGCAAGGGUCAAAAAAUGUGAAAGUUGAUAACUGGAUUCUUCUUGAUAAUGUUGUACAAAAAAGCAGCAUUGCUUCUGGAGCUCGUAUUCGGGCUUUGCAAAGACAGUCAAAGAGAUCUAAAAGACGUAUGUCCAUGAAGCAACAUAAGAAGUUUGGAUCAUUUGAUUUGCCUCAAGAGUUCCAUAACUAUAACAUCUUCAAACCAAUGCACGAUAAGUGGAAAGACUUUGUAACAAAACUCCUGAAGAAUAUUGGGAAAAAUCAGUUAUCACAAUGUCUCCUUAAUGCAGACUUACAUGGUGCACUAAUUCUAGUUGUUCAGUGCAAAAUAGCUGGCUUAAGUGGUGUACGUGGUAUCAUGAUUCGUGAGACCGUAGAAACAUUUGGAAUAAUCACAAACGACAACAAAUUCCAAGUUGUGCCAAAAAAGCUUUCUGUAUUUAUGCUACAAGUGGACUGCUGGAAAGUUACAUUGCUCGGAGACAAACUCAGUUCAAGAAACAUGAUUACAUGAUAUUGUUAAGACAGAUAUUUAUCAUACGGAAAAUUUCUUGGCAUUGCUUCAGGGAAGAUUGAUUCCAAUGGCCGUAUCAUUGCUUGGGAGAUUGCUCGGCCUAGGUUUCAUUCUUUUAGCGGAGGUUGAUGAUGAAAAGGAAGAUACUUUGGGCUUACAGUGGGAGAAUAGAUAAGGCCAGUGGCGGACCCAGAAUUUUGUGCAAGCGGGUUCAAUCUUAAAAGUACAUAACUUUAGUCGUAAAAUAGUACUAGUUGUCAAGUGGGUUCAAAUAAAGUAUUUAUACAAAAUUUAUGCAGCUUUAAUCCUAAUUUAUACAUAUACUUACUAUUAUUUUUUCAUGAAGCGGGUUCAGUUAAACCUGCUUGCCACCAUGUGCGUCCGCCACUGGAGGAGGCAUCUAAAGGGGUAUUUAGUUUUGGAAAUUUUAAUAGAGGAAGCAUCUUGUUAGGUAUUCUUUUUCUCAAUGAUAAAAGUAAAGGCAACAACGACAAGGUAAUGGGGUCUGGAGAGGAUAGUGUGUAAUGUAUACGCGACCUUACCUUUAUCUUGUGGAGAUAGAGAUGUUAUUUUCAGUAGACCCUGUUCAAGGAGCAUAUCAGUUGCUGCACCAGAAAUUGAUUUGCAAAUCGGGAUAUCCCUUGGAUCAUUUAGAUUUGUACGGUUAACUUU